AUGUCUCUCAAGAUUACCGACACGCUCCCUCUCCCCAACUCCAGCGCGCGCAUUCCGCGUCUCGGAUUCGGUGUCUACCGCUCCCCGACCAAUCAAUGCGUGCAGUCCUGCCUGCAGGCACUGAAAGCGGGAUAUCGGCACAUCGACACAGCGCAGUUUUACGCCAACGAGGCGGAAGUCGGCGAGGCACUACGCACUUCCGGCGUGCCUCGCGAAGAGGUCUUCAUUACCACUAAGAUCCUCAGCCCUGCAGCUUCGCUUGAAGCUACUUAUGAUAAAUUGCUCGCAUCUGUGCACAAGAUCAGCGGUGCAGAUGGAUACGUCGACUUGUUCUUAAUUCACUCCUCGAGCUCUGGCACCGCAGGCCGUAAACUCCUGUGGCAGGCACUUGAGAAGUUGUACGCGGAAGGCAAGGCGAAGAGCAUUGGUGUCAGCAACUUUGGUAUUGGACAUAUUGAGGAGUUGCGCUCAUUCGCCACGGUGUUCCCACCUCAAGUGAACCAAAUUGAGCUCCACCCAUGGUGCCAGCAACGAGUUAUCGAUGAAUACUGCCGGAGCAACGGAAUCGUCGUCGAGGCCUACUCCCCCAUUGUGCGAAACUACAAAGCUAAUGACCCCACAUUGGUGGAGGUUGCGAAGAAGAAUGGCCACUCGACCCAGCAGGUUUUGAUCCGCUAUGCGCUGCAGAAGGGUUGGGUGCCUUUGCCUAAGACCGAUAACCCAGAGCGGAUUGUUUCCAAUGCAGAUGUGUUUGGUUUCAAUCUGAGUGCAGAGGAUAUGGCUGUUCUGGAUUCCCUGGAUCAGGGAGAUGCCGGUGCUAUCGUGGAAGCUGUCCAGAACGAAUAA